CGGUGCCUUUGAGAACACGGUACGGUCUCUCGUUAGUCUCGUCUCUCGUGGUGCGUUUUCACACGUCACGUCGGAAGCGAGAAGGGCAAACGAAGAAAAGAAGGGAACAACAACGAAAGUUACGUCGUGUCGGUUAAAGAGAUAAAAAAAAAUCGAAACAAAUUAGACGUCAGAAUUGUCGUGAGGGAUAGAAGUCCGUAACAAGUUCGGGCAAAAUUCCUUGCGUCUCGUAACUCGUCUAUCGCGUCUCUGUUUCCGUGCUAUCGUGUUCGAAAGUCGCAGAGAAGCUGCAACUCUUUUUCGGUACCAGGAUUCCGCAGCGGGAGCCGCGCAAGACGAGCAUCAUCAACGCGGCUACACCAACGGCCGAAGGGGCGGCAAACGAGGAGGGACGAGAGUGUCGGGUGAGGAACGGCGAAGUAAGAAAGAUAGAUCCACCUUUAACGGUGGACAGGAUCAUCCUUGUCGAAGACGUCCGUACAGGUCGUCGAGGAUCGGGGUUUGUCAUCGUGGGCGAGUAACAGCAGAGGGAAAAGGGUCGCCAUGCCGGCAGGUAUUGGCGCUUCGUACAGGUCGCUAGGCGACCUGGGCGAAGACGUGUACAAAAGCACGACGAUCGUCGACCAAACACAGACCACCGGACAAAGCGUCCUCGAGAGUGUCAAGAAGGCUUUCAGUUUCGCCUCGCCCAAGGUCGAGCUGAGGAAAAAGGACCCUCUGAUCGUGGACCGCCGUGAGAGCGUCUCGAUCGUCUCAAGGGAAAGAAACAGGAUGCCGACCGCCGCCACGCCCGAGAAAUCAGCUCUUUUGGGCACGAUGCCCUCAGAUAGUAUGGAUGACAUCGAACUGAAAAAUAUUCAACUCCAAUUUCCACCGUUGAGAUGUCUAUCGAGAGAUGACAGUUCCGUGCGAGAGGAGAGGGUUGAAACCGACAAAGGAAGUAUUUUGGUGGCUGUGCAAGGGAAUCGAGCGAAACCUGCCAUUCUCACUUAUCACGACUUAGGCCUUAACUAUAUAUCGAGCUUCCAGGCGUUCUUCAAUUAUAUCGACAUGAGAGUUUUACUGGAGAAUUUCUGCGUUUAUCACGUGAAUGCACCUGGCCAAGAAGAAGGUGCACCCACGCUGCCUGAGGACUACGUCUAUCCGUCCAUGGACGAGCUGGCUGAACACCUGCUCUUCGUAUUGAGCCAUUUUGGCCUGAAAUCCGUAAUCGGUUUUGGAGUCGGUGCAGGGGCCAACAUACUAGCGAGAUUCGCGCUUGCUCAUCCCGAGAAGGUCAAUGCUCUGUGCUUGAUAAAUUGCGUGUCGACACAAGCUGGUUGGAUCGAAUGGGGAUAUCAGAAACUGAACGUUCGCCACUUGAGAUCGCAGGGGAUGACUCAAGGUGUAUUGGAUUAUCUGAUGUGGCAUCACUUUGGCAGGGGCACGGAGGAAAGGAAUCACGAUCUUGUACAAGUGUACAAGAAUUAUUUUGAGCGUCGCGUGAAUCCAACGAAUCUGGCAUUAUUAAUCGACAGCUACGUUCGUCGUACAGAUCUGAACAUCACGAGGGAAUUAGAUCCUACGCGUAAGAAGGAAGGUCUCACGCUUGGUGUACCUGUGAUGAAUAUCACAGGAGCUUUGAGCCCACAUGUCGACGAUACCGUCACGUUAAAUGGACGAUUAGAUCCGAUGAAUAGCUCUUGGAUGAAGAUUUCUGAUUGCGGAAUGGUACUGGAGGAGCAACCGGGCAAAGUAAGCGAGGCCUUUCGACUAUUUCUGCAGGGCGAAGGAUAUGUGGUGAGAUCCCCGCGGAAGCCCGUGACGCCGACAACACCCGAAGUGGCACCAUUAUCACCGUUGAAAAUGGCUGACUACAGACUGGCUUCUCUCGAGGGAUUGAAUCAUGUUUGCAGUAAGAAAAUCGACUGGCCCACCGCGACUAUACACAUCACCGAGAAUCCCAUAUCGGAGGCAGUCGUUUGUUAAAUUUUUCUUGAAAAAAAUUACCAUUGAUUUUUUUCGAAUGACAAACCAUGCAAGAACUUAAAGAGAAAAAAAGAAAAAAGAAAAAAAAAAAAAAAGAAGAAAAAGAAGGGAAAAGAAAAU